CAAUACAGUUUGACACUCACAAAAUAAAAACAUUACAUUUUUCAUAUACAUUUCCCACCAUAUUCAGCCCGUGAAUCACAACAGCAAAUCAAAUCAAUUGUAGUAAAAUCGUGCAGUUUAGAAUGCGCCGCUCCCUAAAAUGGCUGAUUCGGAGGAGAGAGAUGAUGACAGUCAGGGAGGCAACAGCGAUGAUGAGAUAGCCGAGCUACGCAUCCAGGCACUGCUGAGCAAGCGCGUCAAUGAGGCCGAGGUCUCUCCAGCACAUGAUCCACCACAAGAAAAGCACCUCAGUGUCAACAAGCCACUGCCCAUUGGUCGGCCGCAGUCCUUCCGGCCAGCACAGAACUAUGAGAAGAGUCACCCCAUGGGCAACAAUAUAACCACCAUCCCUGUGCUUGGUGCUCCUAACUACAACAGAAAUUUCCAGCCUCACUUUAAUAGACAGAACCAAGGACAUAACUUCCAGGGUGGUGGAGGAAAUUAUUACAGUGGUGGGCCGGGCAGGAACAGGCAGCAGUGGAACCAGGGGCAGGGCAGAGGAGGUAGGGGUGGGAAACUAAACUAUGGUGCCAGGGGUCCCCAGCCCAUGCAGUCAAAGUCUUCAGUGACGCAGCUAGUCUUGCCGCAGGACAAGUACUCAGUGAAAGCAUCCCCUGAGCCCAACAAAACCAAGGAAAAGAUGAGUGCUCGGUGGCGGAGAAUACAGGGCUCAGACAGUGAGAGUGAGAGUGAGGACAGCGAGUCAGACAGUAGUGAUAGCAGCAGUGACAGUUCAGGAAGCAGCAGUGGCAGCAGCUCUGGGAGCUCCAGUGGAUCAGACUCUGAGAGUGAGACCAGCUCAGUUGACAAGCACAAGAAUGUCAAGGACACGAAGAAAGAAGCAGCAAGUGAGAGGAAGCCUGCUCCACCCUCUGGGGCCAAUGCACGGCAGAGGCAGUUGUCCAGGAGCUCUCAGGGCAAGUCCCCUCCACCAAGCCAAGAUCUUAGGUCUUCACCCCUCAAGCCUCCAUCCUCAGGCAGGAGAGGCUCUGUCAGCCCACCCAAAAAGUACCCCUUUACAGGGCAGAUGUCCCCUCGAUCUUCCCUCAAACGAAGACCCUCAGCCAGCCCACCUGACCACAGGGCUCCCUGGGCCCCGCCUGGAACCAAGGGUCGGAGUCCUUUCCGUCACCAGGGAUCCCGCAGUCCCCCACCUAACAGAGGUUCCCUGAAGAGUCCAGGUCGCCCUAGUUCAAGAAGUCCCCCUCCAAGAAGGUCAAGGAGUCCCCUUCCAUGGGGCAAGUCCAGAGGUCCUCCACGAGGCUCUAGAAGCCCUCUACCAAGACUCAGAUCCAGAAGUCCUUACCCAAGAAGAGGUUCUAGGAGUCCAAUCCCAAGGAGGAGUUCGAGAAGUCCGCUCCCCAGAAGACUUUCCCGCAGUCCACCACCAAGAUGCUCCCGCAGCCCGUACGCAAGGAGGGGCAGCCGCAGUCCAUACAUGAGGCGGGGCUCCCGCAGCCCCUUGCACAAGAGAGGCUCACACAGCCCCCUUCCCAGAAGGAGCUCCAGAAGCCCUCUUCCCCUGAGGCGAGGGUCCCGUAGUCCCCUGCCUCGGAGAGGUUCGAGGAGUCCUCAUCCCAGGAGAUUCUCAUCCAGGAGUCCACCACCAAGGAGGGGCUCACGCAGUCCUCUGCCAAGACGGAGCACAAGCAGGAGUCCAGGACCCAGAAGGAGUCCCCACAGCCCGGGUGGGAGGCUUCCUCUGAGGAGCAGCUCACGCAGACUGUCCAGAAGUCCCCUCAGAGGGAGACUGAAGAGUCCUUUCAGAGGUAGAAGCAGGAGUCCCCUUCCCAGAGCAAGAAGUCGCAGCCUUGGCUCUCGAAAGUCCAGAAGUCCAGGGAUGCGGAGGAGUCCCUUAGCCAGGAGGGGCUCCAGGAGUCCUCUCCUUCGCAGGAUGUCACGCAGCCCACCCUAUCACAGGUCUUCAAGGAGUCCGUUGCCUCCCCGCAGAGGUUCUCGGAGUCCUGGACUGCGCAGGGGAUCAAGGAGCCCAUUGCCACGUAGGAUAUCCAGGAGUCCACUUGGGAGGAGGCACUCCAGAAGUCCCCUCAGGAAGCACUCCAGAACACCUCCUAGAAACCUCUCCCGCAGUCCCUUGCCUCGCCGGGAACCUCUGUCCCAUAAGCUCUCCAAGUCUCCUCCACACUCCACCAAGAGCCCACACCUCCACAGCCCAUCCCGCAGGAUGUCCCGCAGUCCUCUCCGCAGGCUGUCUAGGAGCCCCCUCAGGCAGUACUCCCACAGUCCUCACACCCGCAGGUUCUCCAGUAGGAGUCCUCUACCCCGGAGACUGUCCCGGAGCCCCAGGCCCCUAAGGACCCACCGGGGCUCUCCAUUACCAAGAUUUUCCCGCAGCCCACCCCACCACCCCCUCUCCAGAAGUCCUGGCCCACGUCGUCUUUCCAGGAGUCCUCCACCACCCAGGAGGAUGUCCAAGAGUCCUCCAGGUCACAUGCUGCCUAGGAGUCCAGUCCUUCGCCACCACUCCAAGAGUCCCAUUGGUAUGGGACGCCAGAGGAACCUUUCCCCACACCACAACAGGAGUCCUUCCCCGAGGCGGCUCCUCAGAAGUCCUCCAGGCACACACAGGUCCCUCAGCCCUGACCGCAGGAUGCCCAGGUUCUCCAGGAGUCCAGGUCUUGAAAGAAACAGCACACUGGGACCUGCCUUCAGAAAUUCCAAAAGUCCUGGGCCAGGAAGAGGACCCCCAAUGUCCAUGCGGCCCCACAGCCCUGUGCCCCGUUCCCCCAGUCCCGGCAUGAGGAGAGAGUGGAACCAAAGGGGCAGGAGGUCCAGGUCACCCCCCGGGACCUUUAGGAGAUCCCUUAGUCCUUAUGGGCGACCUGCCAGGAGCCUGUCCCCCAGGUCCCGGCUGGAGGGCAUGCCACCACCCCUCAUGGAACGGUCCCCGAGAGGCACCUUCCACCGCCCUGGUUAUGGCCGUCCUGGGGCAGAGGGCGGCAUGCAGGGUGACAGGUUUUCACCUCCAAGCCUCAUGCUGCAGCCUGGACGAUCUCAUGAGUAUCCCAAUGACUUUGGCCAUUUUCCUACCCACCGUCCACCCCCACAGGGCCCCAUGAAUGGUGGUCAACACUACCAGGACUACAACAAGGCUGGACCACCGGGUGGCCCUCCCUGGUCUGGUGCAGGAAGGAGGGAUGGCAGGGAACACUUUUCUCCAGAAAGACUGUUGCCAGAAGCUGCCUGGCAGAGUCAUUUCCAUCAGAGGGACAGACCCGAGCCUCAUGUGUACCCACACCCAGACCAUCACUUUGGCAGGGAUCAGCCCUUCACUUCUGCAGGAAGGGGUCGCCAGGGACCAGGAGGCAUGUUGCCUCAUGGAAGGGGUGGGCUGGGAGCCAUGCAUGGACCAAGGCGAGGAUCUCCAGGUCCACCAAGACGAGGGAGAAGUCCACAACCUUUAAUGGAGCCAUCAGAAAGAUUUGGUUGGGACCGUCCUGCACCUGGCCCUGCUCCCCACCAGAUGUCACCACCACGGCCUCUCAUGCGUCCACGCUCACGCUCUGGGUCUCCAUUCUCUGGCCGCCAGCAGGCCUUCCCUCCCUCUGUGGGACGGGGAGGCCAAAUGUCUCCACGAGGCAGAGCUAAUGCUAUGAUGGGUGGCCGGCGCGGCCCCAGGACACCUCCAAUGCCUGGGCGGAAGAUGUCACCCCACCCAGGUCCCAGGGAAGGACUCCGGUCACCUCGAGGACCUCCCUCAUAUCAGGACACCAACAAGCUGUCAGGGAUGCCAAGCAGACCAAACCCUCUUCUUGCACUUCCCCACGAAAGACCACCACAGUCCCGCGGAGGUCCUGGCCAACCACAGCAGGGACCCAAUCCCAUGGCAGGAGUUCGAACCCAGGACCCCUCACUCCACAAGCAGCGUCCUCAGGCCCCAAGAGGGCGUUCACCUCUCCUUGGGAAAAGGGAAGGAAAGCAGACAGAAGAGGCUAGGGAUAGAGUCCGAGAGGACACCACUGGUCCUUCCCAACAUGACAAGAGAGACAACCGUAGGCAUGAGUCACCAAGGAGGAUGGAGAGUAAGCAGAGGUCACCAGGUCGAGACAAGGCUCCCACAAGGCCCCAUGGAGCUAAGAAUGGUGACAGUUCUUCAUCCAGAGGACGAAGCAGCAGGGGAGGCAGGAGCCCAAUCAACAGGAGUCGACGACAUGCGGGUACAAAGUCAGAGGCCUCCUCUAGCCGGCACCAGUCUAGGAGUCCUGGAGCCAAGGACCGGCCAUCCUCAUCUUCCUCAUGGGAAAAGAAAGAGUCUGGCAGAAAUUCCCGUGCAGAUAAGAUAACCAAACCUGAGGGGAAGGUGAGUCAGGUUCGGAGGCAGUCUCAGUCUCCACAAAGACAGGGACGCAAUGGUAGCCCCUGGCUUGACCCUGUUACACCAGAGAAGCAAGACCAGAAUGCAGGGGAUCGACCUGGCUCAGAUUCUGUUGGGCAGGAGAGUGAGGACCGAGGAAAACAAGAGACAAAGAAGGAUGUGGUUCCUGAACUAACCUCAGGGAGAGACAGGAUGGAAGUGAAAGAAGAAAAAUUGGACAAAUCUCCACCUGAAGACCAACCAAAGCAGCAGCAACAGAAGCAACAUGAACAAAAGCAGGAGAAACAGAAGCACCAUCCACAGCAGCAGCACCAAAUAGUUAAACAGGAGGGUAGAGCUGUAGAAGAAGAGAAGAAGAAUGAUGCUCAACGUAAGAAAAUGGAAAACAGUAAGCCAUCUCAGCUUUCCCAAGAAUCACAGAGGUCUUCUCAGAAAUCCUCAGCUGUUCCCUCCAAGGAAAUGGAGGAAGACAAAAAAAUUAAGAAGGAAGAGAAGCCAAGAGAAGAUCUGGAUGAAAGACGUAAAAAGAAGAAAAAGAAGAAGAAUAGGGAGGAUGAUGAUGAAAAAGAUUCAGUCAAAAGUAAGUCAUCCAAAAAGAAGAAAAAGGAAAAGAAAAAGAAAAAAGAGAGUAAGAAGAAGAAGAAGAAGCAUAAGAAAGCAGAUUCUGACAGUGAGGAAGAAGAGAAGCAAUCAACACAUACCAAGACAUCAAAGGAAGGGAAGAAAAACAGCAUUGACACUACUGACCUGAGGCACAUGCUGAAGCGCAAAGCAGUCACUGACACGUCGUUGGAGAGGAGAAGCGCUGGGAAGGCCAGCAGCAGCAGCGGUGGGGACAGAGACAACAAGCGCCGUAGGAAGGAGCGAGACGAGCCCCCGAGGCAGGUCAUGACAGGCAAGGGCAGACAAGCAGACAACAAAAGGAAAAAGCAGCAUGAAGGGAAGCCUCUUCUGGUGACUGUUGGCUCUGGUGAGGACAGACAGGUCACCUCAGGCAAGAACUCAGAGCCACGCACCUCUGAGGGGAAGGGCUCCCAGCGCUUGUCUGUCCACCUUCGUCUUGGCCCAGCCAAAAGCUCCUGGGACGACAAGAAGUCUGGCAGUGGGCGAGGCAGUGGUGGUGGUGGUGGUGGUGGUAGUGGAGGUGCUGGUGGCGGCAGCAGUGGCACAAGCAGAAACAGGCGGCGAGACAAAUCCAAGGGACGACAUGGUGGCGGUGGUGGAGGUGGAGGCAACAGCAGCAACAGAGUCAAGCUGAGGCGAUGAUGAAGGGGUGACUUUUCUGUCAACUUGGGAUGCAGGUAACGUCUCCUUGGUCUACUCCUCCUCCUCCUCCUCCUCCUGCCCCAGUGACUCAGGUUGAGGGGAUGAGCUGCAGUGUGGCUGGCUGGGUGGGUUACUGGUGGUGUGGGGCUUGUGGAGAUGAAGGAGGGAGGUGUGGAGUUGUGCUGGUAGUGAGGCUAGGCUGGGGAAUAGUGGUGUCCUGUAAAUACCAUAAGGACUAGCAGUUUCAGUGAAGUCUUUCAAAUAUAUCUUAUAUUUCCCUGCAUUGACUUAAGGACAGUGACUUGACAUUUUUAUUUUGCCACCAAGUUGUCACUGUAAAUAUUGGAUUCACUUAGAAUCAUAUUGACUUUCAUCAAAUGACUUAGUCUUGCAACUGUCUGUGAUAUAUAACUGUGAAUAUUAGGGUAGUCACAUUUGGAAGAGUAUAUGUUGAUGUAGGCAGUACUUUACACCUAAAACUCGGGUGUAUUUUUAUCUCAGGGACCUAGAUGUUGAAUUUUAAUAGUUUUAUAUAAUGCCUGGGGAGUGGUAUCUGGCCAUGUGUGUGUCUGUACAUAGUAGUUCUGUGUGCCAGGAAUUUACAUUCAUUUUCAGCAGAUUUUCAGGUUCCUUCAAGCUUGGAAAGCAAUUUUUUGCAUUCUUGAAGUAUUUAUUCAGUGAGAAUGUUUACCUAAUCCUGGCAUUACAUAUAAACACAAAAAAAAAUCGUAAAAGGUGAAUAAUGAAUUGAAAGUUUGAAUUUGAAAUUUUUUGAAAAUUGAAAUCCAAAGUAGUGGUGUGGAAAAUCCUGGAUAUUUUAUCCUCUGAAUAUCGAGUGUAAAGAAGAAAAGAAGUUUGUGUGGUGUUAGUGUGUGUCUUCUGUCUUCAGUCUCAAUAGUUUACUUCAAGGAGGUGGUACUUUCCCCAUUUUGAAUAAUUGUACAGUAUAUAAGAUUAUACAAAAAGCUUCAAUAAUUUUAUACUGGAUACAUAAAGGAAUAGUGAUGUGUGAAAAUUGUGCGAGUCUCAAUAGAUGAGAUAUUUACCCAUGUGAUCAUAUCUCAAGGUGCACCACCACUGCAUUUCCAAGAAUGAGUCAAGAAAGUGAAGUAAAGGAAGCAAGUGUUGGCACUUUGGAUCAGUGCUCAAGUGAAGGGAGUGAUGUGGCAUCAUCUCAAGAAGACUACAUUGUUGUCAUAAUGUGUAGUCUCUCUCUCUCUCUCUCUCUCUCUCUCUCUCUCUCUCUCUCUCUCUCUCUCUCUCUCUCUCUCUCUCUCUCUCUCUCUCUCUCUCUCUCUCUCUCUCUCUCUCUCUCUCUCUCUCUCUCUCAUGCUUGCAGGUCACAGAAUUACAUGAACUUCUUUACAGUGUCUGUGAAUCUAUAAUUAUGUUAACCAUGUUAAGUCAACAGAAAUAGAGAACCAUCUUUGUUUUAUUGUUUGAAAGAUAAAUAGAUAGCCAUCUUUGUUUUAUUGUUUGAAAGAUGGAUACUGUAUUUUAUAGUUUUAUUGUAGUUUUCAUUAUAGUGUGGGAUCUGUAAUAAUAAAACAUUACCUGUAAAGUUCAACAUGAAACCAAAGAGUUAUAAUGAUUAUGAUUAUUAUUAUUAUUUGUUUUGUUGUUGUUGUUAUUAUUAUUAUUAUUAUUAUUAUUAUUAUUAUUAUUAUUAUUAUUAUUAUUAUUAUUAUUAUUAUUAUUAAUUUAUUGUACUUUUUUCCCUUUAUUAUUACAAGAUAUUCCCUUAUAUCCUCACAUGUGUGAUGUGACGUGGGUUUAGGUUGUGCACACCAAUGGUGGAUUUAUGGUGCAGGGGUCCUGGGCUGGAGGGAAUGAAGUUGCGAUUCUUGCCUGUGAUAAUUCUUGGUUGUGAUCUACUCAGCUCCCUAAGUCCAUUGCUGGUGCUUGUGGUGUUGUGCUUGGUGUUCCCAACACACAAGUUUUUCAGUAUGAUGUACUGGAAGAACAAACCUUUACUCUGAUGAGAUCACUUAUUUGUCAAAUAUUACUUUAAAUUAAAUAAAUCAAAUAUUCAGAUUUGUAAAUGAAAUAAAUCAAAUAUUCACAUUUGCAAGACACUUCUCCACAACUUGGACAUGAAAAGCUAAUCAGACUAAAGUCUUUACUUUUCAUGAAUCUGAAGAAAAAAAAAAAAAAAUAGGCUAAGUCCUUAUACUUUUCAUGAAUCUGAAAACCAAAAAAAAAGGCCAUCUAAGUCCUUAGCUCAAAAUUUAGCUUACAGAUAUUUCAUACAUUUUGUUCACAGUAUGAUACUGAAAAAUUGUUUUGAUGAGCUAUUUAGUUGUACAAACAUAUUGUAACAACCAGAUGUUUUGUAGUCAGUGACUAGAUAGUUCAUAAGGGAAUUAACAAAACAGCUGGUUGUGUUGUGUCCCAUAGUGAGCAUAGACCCCUUAGUGCUGAGAUGUUAAGAAUUUGAUCCCAAAACCCAUACUUGUGUGGUGAUCUCUUUAACUGAAGAAUGGACAAAUUUUCUGAGUUGGUGGACUAAACUAUGAGAUAAUUUCCCUCUUGGCCGAUUCUAAAGAUACAUUUUUCACUACUACAAUCAAGUUUAUCAAGAUUACUGACAUAUUCAGUUACAUCAGCAAAAAUAAAUAUUUGCAAGUAAUAUCUGAUGGUCAGUAACAUUUAGCAUAUUGCAUAUAUGUACUAAUUGCAUUUUAAUAUUUUGCCAAGAUAAAAAUUAAUUGACUGAACAAUAUAUGUAGCAAAAAUAGUUGAAAAUAGAAAAUACAGUUAGAUAUGAAAGAAAAGACACUAUGUAUGACCUCAAGAAAAAUAAGUUGCUUUAAGUCUAAGAACAGUUUUGUUAGAGUUUGAGAGAAUGGGGAUUAGUUGGGUCAGAGAGAUAUGUGAAAACUGGUAUGUGUUGCUGGAGAGAACACAUACGGGAGUGCUGAAGUGUUGUGGUCUUACAAAUAGAAUGGAGAAAGGGAGAACUAUGUACUGAUCCUAGUAGAAAUAGACCAAGAAGAUAAUAGAGUGGUUAGGUGAAUGAAGUGUUGAGUCAGGAGCCUGAAGUUCAAAUAGGAUAAAGGGUUUGUGUGAGAAGAUGAAUUUGUACAGUGGUCUACAUAGAGGUGAUGUGCUACUGAGACCUGGGACUUUCAGAAGUGUGAAAUGACUUGGGUAAACUAUGUACUAACAUUAUAAUGUUGAUGUGGAUGAAUCUUAGAGUCCCAGAUUUAAAGAAUAAAACAUCUUAUAAUAAAGUACAUGAAUGAGUAGAGGUAUGUCAAUGGAAGUAUCUUAUAUGCAUACAUAUUGUGUAUCUAUAUAAUGAGUAAAUUGGGUUGCCAACACAAGGCAUCUACAUACAUAUAUUUAUCCAUAUUCAUAAGUAUUCUAGUCUUUAGAUGUUAGUGGAAGAGAAGACUAUCAUGCUUCAUAAUGUUGAGAUUAGUUGUAUAGCAUAUUGGGCAGUCUCCACAGCAGGGCCCAACAGCAGAGCUGGUUUAUGCAUCCUGCAGCUACACAGUUCAGUGGGUCACAUGGAAGUGCCAUCAAGCCACGUGUGACCCACAGGCUGCUGGUUGUCUUUGCCUGACAUAAACAAUACAUCAUUGGUUUCACAAAAUAGUUGUCUGCAUUACAAAAAUGGAAUGAAUCCUAAAAUGAAACAAAAGACUUUUCUUAAUUUUGAGAGGAUAAAAGUAAAGGAUCUAAAAAAUUUUUACUUUCAGAUUUUACUCGAUAAUAUGAAUUUAGGAACAUAUUUCCACAUAAACCUGUGAGUGUCGGUAUAUCAGUACAUUGUAUGACAGCUGGAGAAACCCAUGAUGUUACUUCACAAUGCUUUACCAAAUUGUAUUUAGAAAUUUAGAAGAAUUCACAUGGCUCCAUUUUAUGUGUUCUGAAAAGCUAUAUUUUUAUGCAGUACUUUAUUUUGAGUUGCAUGUUUAGAAUAGUAGGAAAUAGAUGAGCAUUUCACUUAUAUUUUACUUAUAAUGACAUCUUUCCUAGUCUCCUCCCCUUUGUUUAGCUUACCAUGGACUAGGAACAUUCUGCAUUUGAUUGUGGGUAAUUAUGAAUAUGUUAAGUCAGCAUGUUCCACAGGGAAUAUUGUUAGGCUGUCUGUCUGUCUCUCGGUCAAAACUAUUGGAAGGUUACUGUGCUGUGUCUCAUGUCCUAAGUGUUUCACAUGCACUCUUCUAUUCAAAACCUGAAGCUGUCCAAAUUACACCCUGCUUACCUAGGUAGUUUUCCAGUGAGUUGGUAUUGUUUACUUUUCAUUUGGUUAUUAUUAUAUAUAUAUAUAUAUAUAUAUAUAUAUAUAUAUAUAUAUAUAUAUAUAUAUAUAUAUAUAUAUAUAUAUAUAUAUAUAUAACUGCUGCCUCUCAUCUAAUUCAAUAAUGUGAAUUAAGUUGAGAUUUUAUAAAUAAGCGUUCUUGAUAAUCUAGAUUCUCUGAAUGAUUAUAUAUGCAAUGUUUUUACUUUGAAAGAAUACAAAGAAGCAGCAUUUCGGUCAUAGACUGACAAUAAUUUUGCAGUUACUUAUAGUCUUUAUACAUAAAUAAUAUUAAAGCUAGGUAUUCAUUGAGUCUACAGAUAAUUUGUACUACAUCAGUAUUGCAGCAGAAGAUAACAGUUUCAAGCCUGUUAGACAUUUAUUGUAAUGAUGAGUGAUACAAGAUGGUAUUUGAAAAAUGGUAUCAAGAGCUUUUGUAAUUACAUCAUGUUACAGAAUAUGUAUGUGGCAGUGUUAACUCAUCAACCAUUUCUUUCUACAUUAUUACAGAAUGUGUAUCUGUGGCAGUGUUAAUGUCUCGGCCAUUUCUUGCUACUUUAUCUUGCAACUUUUUCAGUUUGAUUCAUGUCUUUUGAAAAUGUGACCACUCUUUUAUGUUGAACUCACUAUUGUAACUCUAGUAUUAUGUUUAGUUGUAGCAUGUUAGUAGUUGACCUCCAGCAACUCCAGCAAUCCAGGAUAUGUUUGUCACACACACACACACACACACACACACACACACACACACACACACACACACACACACACACACACACACACACACACACACACACACACACACACACUAUUAUUAUUAUUAUUAUUAUUAUUAUUAUUAUUAUUAUUAUUAUUAUUAUUAUUAUUAUUAUUAUUAUUAUUACAUAUUAUACUGUUUUAUUGUCAUACUUUUAUAUCUGGGAGGUUUUUGAGUAUUAAGAUCAAACCCCUUUCAUAUUUCAUUCAUAUAUGAUAAUCAAGAACUCAUGUUUUUUGAGAAGUAAAUGUUGAUAUUUAUUUGUUAUUUGUAGGAAAACUAAGAAAAAUGACCUCAUAUUCUCCUCCAUUGGUGCUUUCAGUCGUGCAAAUGUUUCUCAUUAUCCAAACAACACUUCACAGUCAUUUGUAACAGGAUUGUCAAUUUUGUUUCUCAGUUUUGAAUUUGCUAUAAUAAAAGUAGUUUGUACUGAGCAUUUAGGUGUGGCUUCCAUGGGGAUUCUCUUGCCCAUCAGUGCCAUGCCAGUCAUGAUUCUUAACUUUGUGUGAUUUGUUAACUAUUUAUUGUUUCAACAUGAAUCUGAAUACAGUCACUUUUUAAUAAGGAAAAUCAUUGAUUUUUUAAUUUUUUAAAUUAAUUGAUUAAUUAGUUUAUUUAUUAAUUAAUUUAUUAUUUAUUUAUUAUUUUUUGGGGAUAAUAGCAUUGAUCCUGGUGUGCCACAAUGCUUGCCAUGCUGCUUUCUGACAUUGCCGAGGUGAUAGGCCAUGGCCACACACCACACCAUGGGUCAGGUGGAAUUAGGUAACUGAGAUAACUUCCUCAAACCAUCAGCAGUAAAAAACUUCCUUUCUGCACUAGCCACACAUCCUCAUGUAUUUCACAGUAGCCAGAAAAAAAAAAAAAAAAAAAAAAACCAUACUAUGAAAGGAAUACCAAUUUCCUAGAAGAAAAAGCCAAUACAGAACCUUUAAUUGAAGGCAAGGGUAUUGUCAGAUUACCUAAGGUGUGGCACAGGUGGAUUUUGCAGGGCAGUGAAAAGCUAAAUCACCAAGGGAGCCUCACCUAAAUGCUCAGUACAAGAUAGUUUUACACUUGAAAUGUGAUUAUUUCUGGACCAAAGGCUAAUUACUUUUACUUGAGUUCCCUUAAAAAAAAAAAGAAAUAUUAUUUCUGGACCAAAGGCUAAUUACUUCUCUGAAAUGUGAUUACUUCUCGACCAAAAGCUAAUUAUUUUUACUUUGAGUUUCCUUAAUGUUUGUGGUGAAGUGGUUCUCAUCUGGAUAAUAUUAUGAAGUCCAAGAAAGUGGAGCUGAAAAGAGAUAUGGUUGUUGCAAGGUUAGUUUAUUCUUGAUUAGUUCUACCAUUGCCUCUUCAGGAGAACUAAGAGUAACUAAGAAGCAGUAAUAAAAACGAGUCAAGAAUAAGGGAACAAGCUCACCUCGUGGCACCUCUGUCUUUUAUCAUCUCAGUUUUCUACCUUGUGUAAAAUAUUUUUAAGUUCCAAGUUUCUGCAUGUUAUGCAGGAUACUUAUGAUUAGGAUUGCAACUGUUUAUUAUUACAACUAGUUUCUUGAGUAGUUGCUCAACAGGAUUACCUCUUGGUAACAUUGUCAUUACAACACUAAAAUAGUGAUAUGCAGUGUUGCCUCAACCUUGCUUAGUGAUCAUGAUUACAUGUGUCAUGUUCAAGUAUUUCCACAACAUAGAUUUCUUUACAUACUUUAAUGCAUCAUUAUGGAUAUGAAGAAUGAACAAAAGUCAGUUUUACUGUGACAGUUAAUGUCACCAGGAGUAAACUGGAGAUCUGACAACUACCUGUGAGCUUCCUGAUAUGUAAUCAUAAUUCAUUAAAUUCAUUCCUACAUCAUCAUAAGUGCCUAAUGGGACAAGAACAGUCAACUGUUCAGUUGAAUGACAGAUUUCCAUCAACUACAUCCUAGCAGACUGGACAUGAAUGAACCUAAUAGUAUAUAUUAUAUUUUGUGGAUUUAUGGUAAUCUAUUUUUGGUUUGUAUUUUUUUUGCUCUGGAUUUUAGUUCAGAAUCCAUUGCUUGUUGAUAUGACAAGUUUGACUGGUGAUGAUAGGCUUUCAGGUGUUUUGCAGGUGUGAGACAUUUGUAAGGACACAGACACGAGUGAUUUUUCAAAUAUAAAACUUGAACAUUUUCGUGAUCUGUCUAAUCAACUUUAAUAGUUGUUGCAACCUUACAUAUGAUGCUAGUAUAAAGUCAUGGUUUAAUGAAUGAAGUCUCUUGCUCAAUAUUUAAACAAUUUUUGACUUGUUGAACAAAACGUGCAUUUAACACAAAAGUUUAAUGAAGUACCUGUUAUAUAAGGCUGUCUUAAUUUUAUAUGAAACACAUUUAUUACUUGGCAGUAGUUGCCUGUGGAUGUCAUUCCUAGUAUUGUGUACAGUACAUUUGCUUUGACCUAUUUAUUGAUAGUGGUGACAGGAACCUUGCGUCAUGUGUGUCUCAGCAAGUGUCAAACUAACAAACGUAGAACUUUUAAAUAUUUUUGUUCGUUAAUAUUUGAUAAACUAAACAGCAAAACAGUUCAAGGGUUCUUUUGAGAAGUAAUAUAUUUGUACUAUAUUACAGAGGUGGUAAUGGUUUUACUCUGAAUGAAUUAAGAAACUAAUUAAGAUUUUAUUGGUUUUAGAUGAUUUUUAUUUAAUUAAUUUAUUUUUAAUGUUCUUUGGGAGUCAUUUAAUGCAUAAACAUGUGAAUAAUGACUUAUGAAUGAAUUAUAUUUCUUGAAAACAUUUUGUAAGUUGAAAUUUUGUAAAUUGGGUCUAUAAAAUGUUCGUAUGAAUUUUCUCCUUACAGUGUAUUUUCAUUGAUUUUGAGGUAAUGGUAAUUAAAUUUUUAUUAGUUGAUUUGAAUUUGCUUUUGAAAAUUAUAAUUGCUGACAAUUUUUGUCACUUAAAAAUUCUUAAUGUCAAAAAUUUGUAUGUUGAUUCUCAUAGUGAUUCAUAAUUUUUUGGCAGCAUCAUCAAUUUUAACUAAAUAAUAUUUAUAAUAUAUGGCAUUACAAAUUUUCUAUAUAGUCUGUGACUAUCAGCCUCCCCAGGAUUCACAGCCACAAACCAAUCUCUGCAACAUCGGUCACAUUUUAAAUUUUUCAUUAUCUUGAGAAUGGCAUUUGAACAGUUUAUAAUAUUAAUAUUGCCAUCACUUUCAGCCAAAUAUGUUUGAAAUCAUCCUGCCCAUAUACUCUCUCUCUCUCUCUCUCUCUCUCUCUCUCUCUCUCUCUCUCUCUCUCUCUCUCUCUCUCUCUCUCUCUCUCUCUCUCUCUCUCUCUCUCUCUCUCUCUCUCUCUCUCUCUCUCUCUCUCUCUCUCUCUCUCUCUCUCUCUCUCUCUCUCUCUCUCUCUCUCUCUCUCUCUCUCUCUCUCUCUCUCUCUCUCUCUCUCUCUCUCUCUCUCUCUCUCUCUCUCGAUACAUACAAGAUCCUUUUAUGUUUGCCAGUUCUUUUGUUCAGGGAAUCUCACCUGCUUAGUCAAGGUUCACCACAAAUUGUUCAAUAAUUUAAAAUAAUUGUAUUUCUUUUUAGUUGUUAAAUUAUCAUGGUUAUUUUAGAUUGCAUCCUUAUUGAUGCAUUUUCUCAUAUUUUUCAUAUAAAAAUGUAGAAGGGGCAUAUGGAACAGCACUAUACUCAUAAAAUAUUGUGCUGGUUAAUUAUUAAAUUAAUUUCAGUGUGGUUGAUUGGAAUGAAAGGUACCUGUAUUAUUUGGGACAUAAGUGCAAACCACUUCCUUGCCAAAGGUGUACCUUUGUAUGUAGAACUUAUGUACGAAUUUUGUUCCAGUUUAUGGUAUUAUGUAUUAAAAUUUUCUUGAAAUAACAUGAAACUAGUGAUUUUUUCUUUUUUUCAUAACUUUGUACGAGGUAUUCAGUUUACUUCAUGGUUGUUAUAGUUGUCAUUAGUGCAUUCAUUAUCACAGCAUGUCAGUAAUUCACAACCUAGUGUUAUGACCCAGAUCAGGCUGAUGGGGUCAUGGUUCCCUCAUACAGUAUGGCUCAUCACAAUGGAUAUCAAUAUUUAUCAUGUUCUUCAGUUAAAAAUCUAUCACUACAUUCAAGAUACUAACAAAAAAGUCUGAGAACUACUGAGUAGUAGGAAAUAUUAGGCCAUGAGUGUGUCAUCAUGUUGCACUUGUGUUAAGAACCUUUGAGAAAUCAACAACAGUUGAGAUGGUAGACAUUGCAGGUUAAGUGAUGCUGAAGUGAUUAUUCAUAUCCCAUUGUAAUACACCUCAGCCUGUCUUAAUGGUGCUGACUAUAUGAUAGUGUUGAAAUUGAAAUGAAAGAAAAAGUGAUAAAUGCAAAGGCUUAUAUUUUUUGAAAAAGAAAGCGUGGAAGCAAUGAAAAAUAUGGGGCAAGUGGCUAGUGUGUGCAUUACAGUGCUGAGGCCAGUGUCAGUGAUGUCAUCUUGAUCACUUUCUCAAGAAAAUUAAGUGUGCGUACUUUUUUCUGGAUGAGGAAAAAAACUUAAGUUCAUGACCAAAAUAAAUUUGAGGAAUUUAAUUAAAGUUCUAUUUAUAUGUCUUUAGGAUAAAAUAUUGCUAUUGAUUAAUCAGUUUAUAUUUAUUCACUCAUCAGAACUGUUGAUUCAUAUUGCUUUGUCUGUGUUUGUUAAGAUGUUAGGUGUUUUAAAGUUAAGCUUUACGGCAAGAAAUCAUACCUGAAAAUAUUUUUGUGUUUGAUGCACCGCAAAGAACUUUGAGUAGAAUUUUCAGAAUCUGUAGACAAGAAUUGUUUCUCAUUAAUAUACUAUUGAACACAAUGUACAACAACUAUGUAUUUGAGUAUGUAACCUUGUAAAAAACCUGGAGAGUUUAAUGUGUCAAUGUAAAUUUCUGUUGUAAUGUGUGUUGAGCAGUUUUGUGUGAGUAAUCAUUAUUUUCUCCCACAGUUCUCUGGAGGUGUGACUCACUGACCAUGUGCAUCUGUCAUUCUUGUCUUUGCAGUUUCUAGGUCGGCGUGUUGCUGGUCUCCCCCCACAUGAGUUGGGUGGUUCCCAACUCCCCCUUCUGUACCUGGGCCAUGUCCCUGCCUCAGUGCUAGCGUGCCACAGCCACAAGUAUGACAGGGGGACAUGGGUGUAUAUACUCUAGGUUUAGUUGUAUGGUAGGCAAGUUGACUUACCAACUCACACAUUUCAUGAACUUGUCCAAUCAAAUUGCAUUGUCUUAUUUGGUUUGCCAUAAUCCAUUCACUUUGUGUGUGUGUGUGUGUGUGUGUGUGUGUGUGUGUGUGUGUGUGUGUGUGUGUGUGUGUGUGUGUGAGAGAGAGAGAGAGAGAGAGAGAGAGAGAGAGAGAGAGAGAGAGAGAGAGAGAGAGAGAGAGAGAGAGAGAGACUGCAAGCAUACAUUUUGUGUGUGUGUGUGUGUGUGUGUGUGUGUGUGUGUGUGUGUGUGUGUGUGUGUGUGUGUGUGUGUGUGUGUGUGUGUGUGUGUGUAUAUGAGAGAAAGUGAGACUGCAUGUAUGUGUGUGUGUGUGUGUGUGUGUGUGUGUGUGUGUGUGUGUGUGUGUGUGUGUGUGUGUGUGUGUGUAAAAGUACAUCUGUGCAUUCAGUGUUUGGUUGUAGGUUAAAUGAAGUACAUAUAUUUUUAUCAUGUGUUUCAUAAACAUUAAAUUUAUAUUUUUACAUCAGUCAAAUAAAAGGAUUAUGAAUUACAUAGCCAAAGACUUAAUGGUGAUGGCUGGGAUUUCUUAAUUUGUAUCUCAAGUCAAAUAAUACUCGGGUUGAUAAAUUGCCAAUAAGUUUGGGGCUGCUCAAUACUCACUUAUUGUCACCAGCCAAAUUAGGUUAGAAGGAACAUUGAUGUGUAUUGAUCUUCUUUGUUUUGUUUAUUAUUUCUUUUGCCCACUGAAGGGAAUAACCACAAUGUUAUGGCUAUGUACAUCACAUGAGAAAAUUGUUAUGUAGCAGAUAUUUAAGUUCAACAGAAAGUUUUGAGUAACAAAUCCUAGCCUCAAAGUUUGUCAUCCCUACUGAUCUCAUUAACAAAGCUUAUUGGGUUGAAUGUUUUUUUUUUUUUUUUUUUAGUUUCCUUUGUGUUUUUAGGUUUAUCAGGUAGGCAGGACAUCUUAAGAAAAAACUGAAGCCCUCAACUUAAAUUUGUAACUGAUCAAAUUUACUCUCAAAAACUUUAUUCCACUCGAAAGGUUAUGAUGUUCACUGUAUCUUGUUUUUAUACUCUUUAUUUACACACCAGCUUGCAAGAUUGUGUGUCAGGUUGUGCAUGUCUUGCAUGAGUAUUUGUGACAUCUCAUCAUCAUAAUCAGCAGUCAGUCAUACAUUUAUUUUUCACGUUAUUAGUAAUCUGAUGUGAGAACUUCAGAUAGUGCCAGUAAGCAUCACUUGCCAUGUUAGUGUUGCUAGAGAGUAUGUCAAAGGUUUAUAUGUACAGACUACUUAGUUUGAAUGUGACCUGGUUAUGAUUAAAAGUGAUUGGUUAAA